AUGGGUUUAUUUGAUGUUUUAACUUCAUCAACAUCAAUAGAUUCAACUUCAAAACCAACAUUUGAUCAAUCAAUUGAUUCCACUAAUUUACAAAUUAAAUCACUCCUAUAUUUAUUCAAAAGAUUAAGGAUUAAUAAACUUUCACCAAUAAUAAAAGAUGGAGAAUUAAGAUAUUCAGAUAAUAUAAUUGAUGACGAAUGUCCAAUUUAUUUAAAACUUGAUAAAACUUACAAUAAAGAAAUUUUUGAAAAAGAAAUCUUAUUAAAUGAUGAAUACAGAGUAAUUGUUGAUUAUAUAAAAAAUAAAUUUAGAUCAAGAUGUUUUAUUUCUGGAAAACCUGAUAAUUUAUCAAGACCAGGAAGUCCAAUAAAAGGUCAAUCAACAACUAAUAAUGAUCAAGAUUAUUAUAAUGAAUAUCCCAUUUUUGUUGAUUAUAAAGAUAGAAAAAUUAAAAAUUAUAAAUUUAUUUAUUUUCCUUUGAAAGAUGUAACUAUUGAAUCAAUUGCUAAUAUACUUUCAACUUCUGAUUUGUAUGUUGAACAUUCGGUUUCAUUUCUUAAACGAUAUAAUAUAGCAUUAGAGUCAAUAACAAAAGUGAUAAAGAAUACUAAAAAGGACGUACAUUUUGAUUUAACGAUAGAGGAAAAAAAUCAAAUUAUACUAAAUUAUUUAAAAUCAUUAUCAUUUUAUGUUCAAUUAAUUAGAAUAUAUGAAGAAUAUACAAAACUACAUCCAUUAGUAUUUAGCUUAGAGAAUUUAAUGAAUAAUAUAUCACUCAAAUCUGAUUCAAUAUCACCAAAUCAAACACCCAGUUCAUCACCUUUAAAACAUAAAAAUUCAACAUCAUAUUUCCCUUAUUCUACAUCAUCAUCUUCAAUUAAUACAUCACCUUCAAAAUCACCACCAAAACUAGCUCAUAGAAAAUCACAAAAUUUAUUAAGAUCAAAACCAUCAAUACUGAAAUUAAAAAUGGAAGAGUUAUAUAAUCCAGUAGUCUCACCUCCUGUUGUUUCUCCACUGAAGACAAAUAGUGAAAUUACCAAUAAUCAAAAACAUAAUAAUCAUAAUAAUGAAGAAAAUAAAUCUGGUUCAGGUACAUUAUCUGAAGAAGUUGAAGGUAAAGAAAUUUUAAGAUUAGAUGUUUAUGAAAAAUGUAAAAAUGCAAUAAAUGAUAAAUUAUAUAAUGAAAAACAGAAAAUUCGAGCUAAUUUAGCUGUAUAG